CCCCAUUAUCAGACAUGCAACAAACAAGUAUUAAGUCUUGAGGAAAACAUUUCCAAAUCAAUCCACAGCCUUGCAUCACAUCCAAACAUCCAAAACAUCCAUCAAAUCAACACCAUCCGUCAUCAUGUCAGAAGAAAGAGAAAGCGACCAGACGCCAUCUACGGAAGUGGCCGUAGCGGCACCCAAAAAGGUCAAAAAGAUCAUCCGCAAGAAACGUCCCGCGCGACCUCAAGUCGACUCUUCCUUCAUAACAUCCGAACCUCCACCCCAAACCGGUACUAUCUUCAACAUAUGGUACAACAAAUGGUCGGGCGGCGAUCGCGAAGAUAAAUACCUCUCUAAGACCCACGCUAAAGGUCGAUGCAACAUCGCCAAGGACAGCGGCUACACACGCGCCGAUAAGGUGACAGGCUCUUACUUCUGCCUCUUCUUCGCGCGUGGCAUCUGCCCCAAAGGCCAGGACUGCGAAUACCUUCACCGCCUCCCUGGCAUCCACGAUCUAUUCAACCCCAACGUCGACUGCUUCGGCCGCGAUAAGCACUCCGACUACCGCGAUGAUAUGGGCGGCGUGGGCAGUUUCAUGCGUCAAAACCGCACCAUCUAUGUCGGAAGGAUACACGUCACAGACGACAUCGAGGAGAUCGUUGCCCGCCAUUUCGCCGAAUGGGGCCAGGUCGAGCGGAUACGCGUGCUAAACACCCGCGGCGUGGCGUUCAUCACCUACACCAACGAGGCGAACGCGCAGUUCGCGAAGGAGGCCAUGGCCCACCAGUCUCUAGAUCAUAACGAGAUCCUAAACGUCCGGUGGGCCACGGCGGAUCCGAACCCCAUGGCGCAGGCGAGGGAGGCGAGACGUAUCGAGGAGCAGGCCGCUGAAGCUAUUAGGAGAGCGCUGCCGGAAGCCUUCGUGGCCGAGAUCGAGGGCCGAGACCCCGAGGCUAGGAAACGGCGGAAGAUCGAGAGUAGCUUCGGCCUGGAAGGAUACGAGGCGCCGGACGACGUGUACUUUGCACGCGGCGCGCAGGCGGUCAAUCCAGUUGGUAGACAAGGAUACGAGCUGGAGCAGGAGCAACGGUUGAUGAUAGAAAAUGGCGAUGCGGGUGGUAGUGAUGGAGGUGCAUCUGGGGAACAGCAGGAGCAACAACAACACCAACUCCAACUCCAAUCUGCAGAGAAGGAUGGGGGAGGGGGCGGAAUCUUCUCAAGCAGCACAUUAGCAGCGUUGAAGACAGCCAAGGUCUCAACAGGCCCGAAAGCCAAAGCAGCGGCGUCAUCGGGCCCUUUAGUAGCAUACGGAAGCGAUAGCGAAGAUGACGAAUAAGGGCUUCGGGGAUAGAUUAGAUCAAAUCGUAUGGCCUCCUAGAAGAGGCAGACUUUUGCCAAAUUGUAUAUAUACCUCUGAUAAUUUCCAUACGCCACGCGUUCCGUAAUAAUAGAUACCAGCGCCCACA